AUGGCAACUGCAGCGCCUUUGAUCGUACCCGCGUUGAAGAAGCAUACAGCCACGGUGAUAUGGGCGCAUGGAUUGGGAGACAGUGGAGCAGGCUGGAUGCCAAUUGCAGAGAACUUCAGAAGACGAGGCAGAUUCAGUGAAUGUGCCUUCGUCUUCCCUAACGCACCAAAUAUACCAGUGACUGUAAAUUUUGGGAUGGAAAUGCCCGGCUGGUAUGACAUUACAACAUUCGGCGAUCUUGCUCAAGCUCACGACCAGCCCGGUAUCCUCAAGUCCCGCGAUUACUUCACCUCUCUUAUCAAAGCCGAGAUCGAGAAGGGUAUCCCGUCCUCACGCAUCGUACUGGGUGGGUUCUCUCAAGGAGGAGCGAUAUCCCUCUUCACUGGCAUAAGCUGUCCCGAUAAACUCGCCGGCAUCUUCGGCCUCUCAAGCUACCUUCUCCUACACAAUAAGAUCAAAGAUUACGUCAAAUCAGAGAGCGCAAACAAAAAUACGCCCAUCUUCAUGGGCCACGGAGAUGUGGAUCCUCUGGUAAAGCACGAGUGGGGCCUAGAUACAUCGAAGACACUGAGAGAAAUGGGGUGGAUAGUUGACUUUCGGACUUACAAGGGACUGGCCCAUUCGGCGGACCCCAAAGAGAUCGAUGACUUACAGAAGUAUCUGGAGGAGAGGCUGCCGCCUCUGAGUUGA